GGUUCUGCUGUCAGUCAGACACAAGAGGCGGGGCAGAGAGGGAGGAGCGGAGAGGCCGGGGCUUGUUGUCAUCCCAAGAUGGAGUUUCUGUUGGGGAACCCCUUCAGCACCCCAGUGGGGCAGAACCUGGAAAAGGCCACGGAUGGCUCCCUCCAGAGUGAAGACUGGACCUUGAACAUGGAAAUAUGUGACAUCAUCAAUGAGACAGAAGAAGGCCCGAAGGAUGCCAUCCGAGCGCUUAAGAAAAGGCUGAAUGGAAACAAAAACUACAGAGAAGUGAUGCUAGCUUUAACGGUCCUGGAGACCUGCGUGAAGAACUGCGGCCACCGCUUCCACGUCCUCGUCGCCAGCCGCGACUUCAUUGAUGGAGUCCUUGUCAAAAUCAUCUCCCCCAAGAACAACCCUCCGACCAUCGUCCAGGACAAAGUGCUCGCGCUCAUUCAGGCUUGGGCCGACGCGUUCAGGAGCAGCCCCGACUUAACCGGAGUCGUUCACAUCUACGAAGAGCUCAAAAGGAAAGGAGUGGAGUUUCCCAUGGCAGAUCUCGACGCUUUGUCCCCCAUCCACACACCGCAGAGAAGCGUUCCCGAGGUUGACCCAGCCACCAACAUGAACCGGUCCCAAUCCCAUCAGAGGGUGGGCUCUGGUUCCUUCUCUCCCUCCCCGACCGCUUUCUCGGCGCCACAGGCUCCGGCUUUGAACAUCGCCAGCCCAAUCACUGCAAACACAGAGCAGGAGAUCGCACGGCUCCGCAGCGAGCUGGACGUGGUGCGUGGGAACGCGAAAGUCAUGUCAGAGAUGCUCACAGAAAUGGUCCCCGGGCAGGAGGACUCGUCGGACCUUGAACUGCUGCAGGAGCUGAACCGGACUUGCCGAGCCAUGCAACAGCGGAUUGUGGAACUGAUCUCCCGCGUGUCCAAUGAGGAAGUCACAGAAGAGCUACUCCACGUAAACGAUGACUUGAACAACGUCUUCCUUCGAUAUGAGAGGUUUGAACGGUAUCGGUUGGGGCGGUCUGCGCAGAAUGCUAGCAACGGGGUUCUCAGUGAGGUGACCGAAGACAACUUGAUAGACCUGGGGCCCGGUUCUCCAGCAGUAGUCAGCCCCAUGGUUGGGAACACAGCUCCUACCGCCACGCUUUCUUCCCAACUGGCUGGAAUCGAUUUGGGCGCAAACAGCGUCAGCGGGACGCUCAGCUCCCUCCCGCAGCCCAAUCCCCGCGACGACUUCGACAUGUUUGCACAGACGAGGGGUGGUGGCACCUUAGCGGAUCAGCGCAAGACGGUGACCUACGAAGACCCCAAGGCCGUCAAAGGACUGGCGUCUGCCCUGGAUGUCCGGAAACAGACUACGGCAGGGAGGAGAGGUAAAGGUGGGAGCUCAGACAUGGAGCCCAUAGACAAGUGGCUAAUGACCCAAGGAAUGAUUCCAGUCGCGCAAUCCUCUGUCAUGGAUGACAUUGAGGAGUGGCUCAGUACCGACGUGAAAGGCGACGAGCUGGAAGAAGGGGUGACGAGCGAAGAGUUCGACAAGUUUUUGGAGGAGCGGGCCAAGGCUGCCGAAAGAGUCCCCGACUUGCCCUCGCCGCCCCAGGAGGAGCCUGCGGUCCUCGCGACGAACCCCAACAAGAAGAAACCGGAACGUUCGGAAGACGCCCUUUUUGCUCUUUGAGGCUCCUUUGAAGGAUGCAGAGCUUGCUUUGCGACGUUCGGCUUCACAGCAAGCUCCCCGGUCUCCCAGGUGCCCAAAUAAGCUAACUUUUUGCACGAGACCGACGUCCCGGUUCGGCCUCGUCCCUCCUGUGGCUGCUUCCAAUCCCUUCUUCGCCUCCAGGUCUACAAAUAUUGGGGUUUUCCCUGGUCCUGUCUUUGGUUUCCUUUGAAAUGCAUGAGUGCUGUCGCCUCCUAGAUACUUGUCACUAGGUUCGGAGUGGAUUUUGGAGUUUUCCGUUCUGGCGUUUCUCGGGAGCCGAUCCGAAGCACACAAAUUUGCGCAUAGCGUUGAUCUUAUGAAAAAAAAAAGAUACCCUUCACACUACUAUUCCCCCCA